AUGUCGUGGUGGGGAAAAGGUUCAGACAAGGACAAGUCCCAAGCUCCGACGAGUCCCGCGCCAGGCACGACAGGACAGCCCAUCGAGCCUGUUGGGAAGGCCGACACUCGCACAGAUGCCCGCCAUCAAAAGUUUGACCCCGACCAUCUUCCCGAGCGCAAGAAGCUGAACAAGAAGCUGCAAAGCAUCGUCGACAAGCAAGACCACGAUGAGUCCUUUUACGACGAGCUAGUGGACGGCUACGUCCCCGACUCGACUGAGUCGAAUCUGCGUUAUGCUGCCUACGCGAACCGAGUGCGGACCAUCAUGCUGUCCGCGCACCGAUAUGUCGCCUACACCUCGGACAUUGGCGAAUCCUUCCGACCCGUCGCACAUCCGUGGUUGGUGAGGAGCGCCUAUGGUAUCUCGUGGGCCUACAUCCUGGGCGACGUGGGCUACGAGGGCUACAAGGCGUACUGGCAGAACCAGCGCAAGCUCAACCCCGAUCUGCAGCUUAGCGACCAGGCCAUCAAGGCAACUGGGCUGAGCAACGUCGUACAGGCGGUCGAGGGGGCCCUGACCACGAAAGAACCGAGCACCAUUGCGCCGUUGGAAGAUUACCGUACAGUCAUGCUGCAAAGAGGUAUCUUCCAGAGCCUUGCCAGUAUGGGACUGCCGGCAUUCACGAUCCACAGUGUCGUGAGGUACUCGGGCCGCGCGCUGAAGAACGUCAAGAACACAAAGCUACGUACCUGGGGACCCAUCGGCCUGGGAUUGGCCGUCGUGCCCACUCUGCCGUACAUGUUUGAUAAGCCCGUUGAAAAUGCGGUCGAGUGGAUAUUCCACAAGGGAUUCGAAGCCUAUGGUGGCCAUGAGGCCGUGGGUAACUUGCCUACUACUGGAAGAGAAAGCGAGCUGCACAAGAAGCCCAAAGAGAAGGAGCUGUAG